UCUUCUGAGUCGCUAUCGGCUUGGUCGGCGAUCAUUCAGCCAUUCAAGCGGUGUGCUCGGCAUGUUCCGCUGCACGGUAGAAAUUCUCGCCACAUAUACAUACAUACAUACGUGAUUGUUCUGCCUGCCUGGGGUGAAUGUGAUGAGAUGAUCGUGCUUUCAUUUAAUGUUACGUUUGAAACGGUACUUACCGGGUUGAUUAGACCGCGUUCUAUGCGCGUUGAUGAAUGCACCGUCGCGAAAGUGAAAUAAAAGCGAAAUCUGUGGAUGUGUUUUUGUGAUAAGAAUUUCCGAGGAAGAAAAAAGAGAAAUACUACAUGCAAAAGUAGAAAAUUUUAAAAGAUUUAUUAUAGUUGCUCGAGUUUUUGUUUGUGAAAAAAGCAAAAAUUUCUAAAAAAAAUACAUGGUGGUUUGAAACUUCUACCUGCAUACACGUACAUACAUAUGCACUUAUAAUAACGUGUUUAAAAGUAUAUAUUUUUAUGCAUAUUUCAUGGACCCACCAAAGUUUAUAAAAUUUAAUGCUGGAUUUCGUGAUAAUGAUGCUACUUUUUGGAGCUAAAAAACUAACAAAAAUCUCAAGAGCUACGGAAAAUAUUGUUUAAGAAAUAGCACCAACAGUUUGACCAGAGAUUUUCUGCGAUAUUCCAGUUGUCUACAGUUUAUGGACUGUCGUGCGGUUGCCGUAGUGUUCUUGGCUCUUAUCACAAUUAACGGAAAAAUGAUGAUGCCAUUCGGCUAUGUUGGUGUUGUGCAGGACGAACGCAAAUGUCAGUAUUUAAGACCAUCGCGCAUGCUCAAAAUCCGUUGUUUCGAUAUGAAUCUGAAGGAAGUGCCGCAGCACCUGAAAUCAUCCGUUGAGAUUCUGGACCUCGCAUUCAAUCGCAUCAAAAAACUCAGACGAAACUCAUUCGAACGUUAUACAAGCAUUAAAAUACUGGUGCUCUAUGAGAAUAAGAUACAAUCGGUGGAGCCGGGCACAUUUGCACCACUAACAUCAUUGGAGGAGAUCGAUCUAUCUAAUAAUGCGCUCGUCACGAUACCAUUGGAAAUUUUUCAACUUCCGUCGCUGCGAAAUCUUUAUGUUGAUAGCAAUGAGCUUUUCAAUCUCGAACGCGACCUGCAGGGUCUUGAGACACCAAUAGGUGCACCAUUAGAAUAUUUAAAUGUAGCCGAUUGCGGUUUAGAGAACUUACCCAAUUUGGGUGUACUGCCAAAACUUUGGCAAAUAAAUGCCUCAUCAAAUCCGUUGACUGAUCUCACCGUGAACACACUAGCCAAUAUGUGCAAUUUACGUACUAUGGAUCUGACGAAAACGGACAUAAAUGAAUGUGCCUGCCAACAAGUAAAUCGAUAUUUGCGGUAUAUUGGAGCUGAUGUAAAAUAUGUGCCAAUCUGCAUGGAAAACCUCGACAACCGCAUAUGUCCGGAUCCAUAUAAUUUAACUCUCGAAUCGGCAUCAUUUCACAGCUGCAAAUCCGAAGCUGAACUAGCCAAAGUGCUUAGUUGGCGUUGGUUAAUAAUUGCAGGGGCAGCGGCAUUGGCUUUGCUCGUGUUUACAUGGUUUUGUUGUCGACGACGUUCGAAAAAUAAAAAAAAGAAGAAAAGCUUACAAAUGAAGUCCAAAGCUAAAGCUAUGCCACCCAAACAUCAGCCACUUGUGUCGCCCACGCCCACGCAUGCGCUGAAAAGUCACAACGAUCGGACGAUGCUGCAGGACUGUGAUUGUGCGUAAUUCAUGGUUACUACUAUAUGCACACAUAUUAAUAUAAGGUGUGAAAAUUCUAAAAAUAGCAAGAAUGCUUAUAUAUAGUAAUUAAUUGUUCAAUAAUUGCUUUGUCGUUUAGGAGAAAAGUAGUUAAACAUUUAUUUUCGAAUAAUUGGAAAAUUGCCAUACAGCAAAAUGUUGCCAAAUAAAACGAACUUAUUUAGUAGGUACAUACAUAAAUAGAUACCGAUAGAUAACAACGAAGCUUAAACGAAAUCGUCAUUUCGAAACAAAAUAUUACACAUAUAUAUUUAGGUAAAAAAUUUUACAUAUGCAAAUAUACUUACAUACAUAUAUGUAUUUAUUUAUUAAAUUUGUAUAAAUAUUAUAUUCAUAAGAAAUAACAUGAACGUGAAGUAUUAGAAAAAUCAUGGCCUUAGCUUGUAUAGUUAAAUAUGUAAUACAUAAUUGAAAAUUACCAAAGUGCUACACUGCCGGCAAAAAGUAAUGGCGCAGCGAAUUUUGCACAAUAUAUGCCCCAAUUUCUAUUCUAAUAUUUUUCCGCUAUUUUUUGUACAACAAAAAUCACAAAUAUAUAAUUCCUAAAUUUUGUGCAAAA